AUGAAGGUCGCUGCAUUCGUCUAUCUCGUUUCCAUCUUUGGAAUUUCUACUUGUCAUGGUUGGGAUGUUCCAUGGAACAAGAAGGAUGAUAAGAACAAGCAGCCUGCAGGCAACCUCGCAGGUUCUCAGGCUAUUAGCGGAUAUACAGCAUCAGUAAAUGGUACCUCUAGUAGGGUACCUGGCCAACCUGUUCCUCCGGCUGAAAAGGCUCCAGUCAAGAAAAAGGUUUCAGAAUCCAAGGAGUUACCGUUGCCUCACGAGUUCAUCUCCCUGGAGAAGAGGCGAUCGGAAGCUCUUCGAAAAUGGCAAGCUACGCAAAUGGGAGAGAAUCCGUUUCUAGACCCAUACUAUGAGGAAUUGCUGGAGAAAAAGAAAAAGGAAGAACAGGAACAACUACAAAAACAAGAGGAGCUUCAAAAGAAAACAGAGGAUGAAGGAGCCGAGCAAAAGGGGAAAGCUGCACAGGAAAGACCGGUUCCAGCCCCUCCAGCUGUAAAGCAACGCUCAGAUAUGAACCAAGAAGAGAAGGAUAAGGAAGACUUUGGUAAUCUGGAGAGUAAGGACAAAGAGUUUACAGAUGGCAUAGACAAGGUAAAGAAGGGUCUUGAGGAUGUUAAGUCAACCCUGGAAACUGCUCAAAAGACACUGUCAGAUUAUGCUCAACUUUACAAGGAUACAAAGGACAAGAGGAGCAAGGAGAGAAUAGAAGCAGCCAGGGAGGCUAUCAUGGCAGCUCAAGCAGCUCUAAGGGUCGCAUCAGGUGUUUCUGGAAAUACUGACGGUGAUAUAGGCAGCGUACUAGGGUCUCUUCCAGAACACGUGGAUUCUGAACUGCCAUCCGUAGAGAGCCAGGAGAAGGUCGUCAAGGAGGCUCUGGAAAAGACGGAGGCUUCCCUAGAGGUUCUAAAGACUCUAGAAGCCCUACCAAAGUUGAAUGAUGAAGAAAAGGGAAUGAAGGAAAAGUAUGAGACUAAGCCUGAAGAGAGCACUGGUGCCAAGCCUACUGAGGCAUCGACGAGUGAAGAGAAUGUCUCCUCCGAUACCAGUAGCCAGAUGUCAUUUGGAAGUUCAACUCAAAGUAGUUGGGACAAUUCAGGAAGUGGCCUAGACUCCCCUUCCAGUGGAAGUGAAGCAACUGGAGCAGAUGAAGACGAUAAAAGGCCUGUCGGAGCACCAGGAAUGGACUAGAAGGCUCCGCUUAACGAGACAGUACUC